UUUCCCAAAAUGGGUCCCCAGGAAAACACCUUCAAAGCACUUCUUCCUUCUAGUUUUCACACUAAAAUUUAAAUUCCCCUCUCUCUCCACUCCACUUUGCCUCUAUAAAUUCUCUUACAUUCCAUUUCAUAUUCCAUUGAGGAACCCCCCCAAGAACCAAAAAAUGGGCUCCCAAGUUCUAUUAUCCUUCCUCUUCUUCCUCUUCUUCUUCUUCUUCUCAAUUUUGAUGGGGGUUUCAAAUUCUUCCUUGGUUCCUGCAAUCUAUGUGUUUGGAGACUCAUUAGUGGAUGUUGGAAAUAACAACCACUUGAAGCUUUCAUUAGCCAAAGCCAAUUUUCCCCACAAUGGUCUUGACUUUCCCACCAAAAAGCCUACCGGAAGGUUCUCUAAUGGCAAGAAUGCUGCCGAUUUUGUUGCUGAAAGAGUGGGGUUGGCGACCUCACCACCAUAUUUGUCUCUGAUAUCAAAGUUUAGAAAGACCGUCAACACAACACCAUUUAAAACAGGCGUCAGCUUUGCUUCUGGAGGAGCUGGAAUUUUUAACGAAACAAAUAAUCUUUUUAAACAAUCGGUGGCAAUGGACCAACAAAUAGAGUUAUAUUCGAGGGUUUAUAAACAUCUAGUAGGAGAGCUGGGGUCGUCGGGAGCGGCAGCGCACCUAUCAAAAUCUCUUUUUACGGUUGUGAUUGGAAGUAAUGACAUUUUCGGCUAUCAUGAGUCGUCCGAUCUCCGUCAAAAAUAUUCACCACAGCAAUACCUUGACCUCAUGGCCUCCACUCUUCACUCUCAGCUUAAGAGAUUACAUGGAUAUGGAGCAAGAAAAUAUGUGGUGGGUGGAAUUGGAUUAGUGGGAUGUGCACCAUCGCAAAGGAAGAGAAGCAAAACAGGAGAAUGUGAUGAAGAAGUCAAUAAUUGGGCAGCAAUUUACAACACUGCUCUAAAAUCAAAGUUGGAGACACUAAAAAUGGAGCUCAAUGACAUUUCAUUCUCCUUCUUUGAUGUAUAUCAAGUCAUGUCCAACUUUGUUCAUUCACCAUCUUCUUAUGGAUUCACAGAGAUAAAAAGUGCAUGUUGUGGGCUUGGGAAUUUGAAUGCAGAUGUUCCUUGUUUACCAAUAGCGAAAUUUUGCUCAAAUAGAAACAAUCAUCUCUUUUGGGAUCUUUAUCAUCCUACCCAAGAAGCUCAUCGCAUGUUUGCUAAUUACAUAUUUGAUGGUCCAUUUACAUACCCACUCAAUCUCAACCAACUCAUUGCUCUUUGAACACAAAUGCCCUCUCACACGUACAAUCGAUUUUGGUCGGUCGGUUCAGCUUUUCAAUCUCUUUUUAAUCACUCCAAUAGAGAAAGAAAAUUAAGAGAGUGUGAUCUUGAGACAAUUAUACAUGUCUUAUCUUAUUUCUUAUGUAUUGUUUUGUUACGAAGGACAAUAGAAAGUCGUGGUUGUAUAAUUUAUUGUUAGUUUUUUAAAUAAAACAAAGGGAGAGAAUUUGAACUUU